CUUAUCCUCCUCCUCCUCCGCUUUUUCCUCCCCCGUAGCCAUUUUGGCUCAAGCAUUUUGGGGAUCGAGCUUCUCAGGGCAUUCUGCCACCAUUAGAGCGCAGCGGUGCGCCGUGGCCUGAGGUUCGGGCGAGUGUUGAUGGCUGGCAGGCUUGUUCUGUACCUCUCCUGCCUCUACUGCAUCGGCGGCGCGCGCGGUGACAUUGGGGACAUCGACUGCGAAUCCCAAGAUAAUCGGUCGUGGUUUACGCACCAGUACUGCGGUUUCAGGCACUCGCUGGACAGUAAGCUCGAGGAGAAGCUGGCAAGCUUGUACGUCAGCAAUUUUUGCGGCUGGUCAUUGAUAUUUUUCUACCAUUCCGUGAUGUUCGCAUGGGCGUACGCCUUCCGUGCGCGGGCACGCGUGGCCGCCGGCCUGGCGGAGGAGGACGCCGUGGGCGUGCGGGGCAGCGACGGCCAGGUUCGGCAGGGCAAGGUCGUCGGCUGGGUGCCCGCCAACCGCGGCUACAUGGUUGCGCUGGAGGGCGGUGGCCGUGGCUUCGUCCCGCUCGACAGGCUCCUGGUGCCGUUCCAGCGCCUCCUCGAGGAUAACUACAUGCACGACAUCGCAAACAUCUGCAGAAGGCUCGGCCUGAACCUAUUGGUUUAUUGGGCAUACUUCGGAGAAUCUCACGACCUUGGGCGUGAGCAUCUCCACUCAUUGGGCUUAUCCCAAGCGUGCAGAGUGUUUGGGGUCGAGGCGAAUAAUCCUUUCAUACACAGCAUGUGGCUCACGUUCCUCGACAAUACUGUCAUCUGGAGUGCCAGGCAUGCUGUGGAGGCGUAUCUUUUUGGCGCGACAAACGAGGAGGUUAAAGUAGACAAGAUGUGGAAUCUGAAGACGGUAUACGCGCUUCCUGGCUACGCUGGUAUCAAAGUUCUUUUAAUAUGGGCGUCGCAGACAGUACUCUUUUUGCUUUACGUUCUGGUCAUGAAUGACAAAAGCAAGGUGAUCCAGGCUCUGGGCGUUGGACUCAGGAACGAGCAUCAUCACACUCUCACGUGGAUUCUGGGCGUGCUUCUUAUUUGCACGGUAGGCGAGAAGGCAACGGGAGAUGGUUUCAGCCUUGCGCCUUGGGAGGCAGUUUACAACGUAAUCAAAGAGGAGCGUCAUUUUUGCCGAAGGGCCGCUCGAAAUCUUCCAGUGGUUGGUAGAUUGUUUGGCGCCUGGACUGCGAAUUCCGUCUACCGCCAGAUGCUCUUGAAUACCACAGCUAUUCUCCUGAGCACCGAGGGCCCACUUGAUUUUAUCAAGGACGUCUUGGCGAUCGCGUUCAUCUCAACAUUGGAUGACGCUGACGAUGAUGACAAAGAGACGGGCAUAGAAUUCAUGAAGCGCUUCUUCAGAGCAUGCGGUAGAAACGAGAUGGUGCGGGAGAGUGGAACGGGGCUCAAAAAUAGAGAGGCGAUUCGUAAACUCAACGACCGGUUGGCAAGAGUAUUCAAAGACGGGGCAGAGGAGCAAGAGUGGAAAAAGUUCUUGGACAAAGUGAGUCCACAAGAGGCGUCGAUGCUGUGGCUGUCAACCUUUGAAUCUGGCAACGUGUACGCUUGUCUUGCGUUUGGUGCAGACUGCAGAUACUGCCUGAAAUCUGCCGGCUGCCUGUGUUCUGCGACGCGCCCCGCACACCCGCGCGAGCGACCAGAAAAUCCAGACUCUGAUUACCACGAGCUGCCCUGAGAAGGCCCGCCCCGUGGGCCGCUCGAAGCGGGCUCGAGUUGCGGACGCCUGCGCGCAGCAGGCCUGGACGUUUUGUGCUGCCGCUCUGAGACGGGCUCCUCCGCUUUUUCCCUCCUCGUAGUCGUCCUCUUCCAUCUCUUCCUCCUCGUCCUCGUGCUUGUCCUCCUACGCGUUGUCCUUCUGCCCCCCUCGCUGCCCUCCCCG